AUGAGCGUCUCUGACGAAGAAGACUUUCGGCAAUCCGACGAGAACACCUACCUCGACCCCGACUCGCCUACCAUCACCUACCUCACUCCAUCUUCUCCCGCCUAUCAGAUCCUCCUGGAACGAGGAUCUCGGACGAACAGCGAGGGUAGGAGGUUGUCUCGAGCUCAGGAGAUGGCCAUGGUCGAAAGGAAGGGCACGAGAAGGGUCAGUGGGGGUUUGAGGGUCGAGUCUGGAGGUCUGAGAAAGGUCAGGAUGGACGAGUUGGAUCCAUCCCCUGAUCGGGCGGAAAAGGUAGGGGAGCAAGAUAAAGAGAACGUCAAGUAUCGAGAUACACCGCGACCGGUUCGGACGAGAGCUGUACGAGCGGAGAUGGACAGUCCGGUACAGACCCCUUGUCCUGCGGUCCAGAGGAUGAAGAAGCCCAGCUUGCAGGACUUGCAAGACCUGUCCCUUGAGAUCGACACGACGGGCCAGACCGGCUGGAAUGUCAGCAAAUCCAGCCUCAUGCCAGAAAGUCCUGCACCCAAGAGCAAGACCGCGAGACGAUUGGACUACAAUGUUGACAAAGAAGGACCGCGAAGGGGCGGCGAUGGAAAAGUGGCGAGGUCCCCGGAAAGCCCGGCGACGAUGACCUGUUUCGAGCAGGCGGGUCCUGAUGCCGCUGACCGGACCGAGCUCACGACUCCUCGCCGUUCGAUCGCCACCACGAUCGUCGCCAAGCCGAAACCUGAAACUGCCGCAACUACUCCAAAGGCGACCACCAAUACCGGCUCGACGGCUACCAACACCCCACCCGCUGCGCCCAGAAAACCUCCGACCCAUAGCAAUCCUCAACCCCAGAUACACGCUCGCCGCAGCUCCCUCUCCAACCUCCUCGAGUCCCUGAAACGGACGUACAAUAACACCACAUCGACCUUGACCGCUACUUUCGUCGUCGUCGGACACGGGUCGGGUGUUCCAGAGAGACAGGUCGUUAGGAGGUUUCCUUCCCAGGUCGGACAAGGCGAAAGGAAGACGAAAAUCGAGCAAGAGGAGAAGGUGAGAAGCCACAAGCAAGAGGUCGACGAGGGAGAAGAUGGAGGCUGGGGAGGGAAACCUUACGAUCCUGAGAUGGCUAGAAAGAGCUGGAUAGGCUGGGAGGACGAUACCGAAAUCCGACAAGAUUGGAGGGAGAAACAACAGCAAGUGGAAGGUGAUGACGGUCUUGACGAGAAUGAGAACCCGAGGGAGGUACUGGCUAGGAUCGCCAAUGACAACGCCUUGAAAAUCGAGGCGGCCAGCGAGGGUCGGGAGCAAGGGGAGGGGAUGAACGAGGAUAGCUCUGAGACCGUGUUAGGACUUUCGCUUGGGCUCGCAGAGCCAUUCCAGGGUGGGCAAAGCGGUUGGAAAACUUUCGACACGGAUACGGUUCAGGAUCGGUCGAUCGGCAAGCACGAAGAGCCACAUCUGCAGCUCUUGGAAGACCUGACCAUCUCCGAUGUACCUCCGCCUCCUAAACCGGUCGAACUCCCUGCCGUCGCUCCCCCUCGGAAACCCAUCGACUAUCGCCACAUCAUUCAUCUUGCUGCCAACGCCCUCGGCGAACCCAGACCUGAGCAGAUCAUCCAUCAUCCGGUGCUUGCCAAGAUCGUCGCCGUCGCGCAGGUCGACUUUAAUCAGGCGGUCAUGGGCAUCAUGAUGGAGGCCACGCAAGGUCCGUUGUAUCAAGAGCAUUACACCUUACACGAUCUGUACUCGUGGUAUAAGGUUACGUUCAAGAGGAGAAAGGCAGAAGGUGAUACGUUGCAAGCUUUGAUUUUGGCUCUGGUUCAAAGGGAAGAGUCCACCCUCCAGGCAAUCCAAGGCAAAUCGACCGUCUUAUGCGCGGUCCCUCUUGGCUAUUGUAUGGUUCACCCUCGCCAUCUCCAUCGACAGCCGAACGAGGAGCUGACAAGAGAGAUCGAAAAUGAGCUCAUGGCGGGACGAGACCUGGCCACGCCCGAGAUGGAAGCCGACGACGGCCUCACUGAGAUGAGCGAGAUAUUGUCGGGGAGGAGCGGUCCCUUGACACCUCCAGCGACACCGAAGCGGCGUUUCGACAAGGGCAAAGGGCGUGCAAGUGAGGCAGAAGACGACAUCCUCCAGAAGGAUCAGCUUGACCCGCAAGAGACACCCCCCCGGCCAUCAUCUGCUCUACCGAUCUCGAACACCCAGUACAGCUUAUUCCCGCGCGUCAUCGGGAUGGUCUCACACAAGCUACAUGUGACGACGGAGUUGGCGCUGUUUCAGCCAGAAGUCUGCCGCGCGCUGGCGCUUGCGGGUAUGACAUGCGAACAGUUUCAGGACGUCAUGUUCAAAGCGCAAGACCUGGAUCAGGAGGAAAUGAGCAAGCCCUGGCAGGAACGCGAGUUCGAGCCUGAAGAUGGCAAGUGGAGGGCGUACCGGUAUCAUCAAGCUUUGAUCACGAUCGCCCCGUUUGGAGAAGCCCAAUACAUUCAGCAGUUACCUGAAUUUCAGAGAGCUAUUAUCUAUCUGCUUAUGAUGUGUUUCGAAUGGCCAGAAGAUGAUCCAGAAGGGUUUGUGAAGCGGCUGUCCGAUGAGCACCAUGUGGUCAUUGAUCACACGCCUUACAAGCCACCGACUCGAUCUCCCAAAGUAAACAUCAACCAAGGUCACGGCGCGCAGCCCAGUAUGGUCACCGACAAACCCCAAUUCGUUGCCACGGAAGACUGGUACGAGUACACUCGCACGCACGAAUUGCAGAUCGGGCCCUCAACCAAGAUAUGGCAGUCAUCAUCAGCAUAG